AUGGAAGACCCGAUUGUCAGCGAACGCAACAGCUGUGAACCAGAGAUACUGGCUACCACGAGCGCAGAAAAACCUUCAUCUCUAAAGGCGCGAGAACCUGAAGCUAAAGCUACGGUCAAAUCAGAGGAAAAGAUGGCACCACCUCAAUCCGAAGAGGCGCCUGCAACCAGCGAAGGAGAGGCCGUGACGAAGAGUCAUUCUAUUGCCAUGGCUCACUCAGAAGACAACACGGCUCUCCGUCUUGAUACGGUUAUCAAGGUAUCAAGCGAUGUUUCCGAUACAGGCCUUGGCGCCGAGGAAAAGAAAGAGGACGACGAUGCAGCUGAAGCUACACCCUCUCCAGCCCAAAACGUACCGAUAGCAGAAAUAGAGACUCGGACACCGCCACCGUCAGGCGAAGCCAAAGUGGAGACUACUCCGGAAUCAAAGGAAUCUGCCAAACCUGAGGAGGAUUAUCCUGUAGAACCCCCUACCCAUGCGGACGAAAAGUCUGAUGCGGUCGCUCCUGUUGCUGUCACUGAGCCGAAGGACGCGGCACAAACUGCAGAAGGAAAACCUGACGACAAGGUAGACAUGGAAGGUGAUGUCAAGACUCGCAACGACGCUUCAAAGGACGUUCCAGAGGAGUUGAAAACGGUUCCUGAGGGUGGUCCCGCUCAAGAUACGGAGCCCAUUGGAAAGGCUAAGGAACAAGAGAAGACCAAGGACACACCGCCCCAAGAAAAGAAUGCCAAACCAUCUCGUGACUUGGAAGAUGUUUUCCCCACAGACGAGCAGAGUGACGUCAAGGAGAGUGUCGUUGGGAAAGAGGAUGACCAGAAAGAUGAACGUAAUCGUGACGACAAAGAGGAAGAAAAAAAGGAAGAUGAUGUUGAUGCCAAGGAACAACCAGGCGCCGACAAACACGUGGCAUCCAAACCUUCGGAGUCCUACGAUAGUGACAAGCCCAUGGGCGAACCGGCCGUCACCACCAAUCAGACAAAGUCGGACGAUGAUAGUGAAAAACCAAUGAUGGAACCAGCAAUCACAACCAAAUCCACUUCUGUGUCUGAAACAGAGCAAGCGGAGAAAUGCACCAAGUCAGUUCAAUUCGCGGACGACUCUAUCGUAGAUAAGAUUGGCCAAAGCAGGAGAACCCCGUCAGGAAACAACACGGACGCUUUCUUUUCAUGUGGACCUCUUUGUGGCAAUUUUACGGAUGUGACGGACGAUGCAAAGCAAGGUAAUAUAUUGGGGCUCAAGAAGGAGACAAGCCCUUCUCAACCAACAGCUGCUAAGCCCGCAUUGAACACGGCUAUGGAGCAGAGGAGGCCUCAGAAGAACGUUCCCAGAAGUCCUGUUGUUGUGGAGACAGUUGUUAGUGAACAAAAGGAGACAGCCCCCGAAGCGGAAGAUCUGGCAGUCGAAAGCGAAUUGGAUGCUCCAUCAGAGGAACAAGCUUCUGAGUCGGUUGUUAGCGAACAAAACAAGGAAGCGCCAUCAGAAGUGGUGUUUCGCGAACAGCCGAAGGAGACGAAGGAGAUCAGCAGCGUAGAGAACUGCCCGAGCGCCGGUGUAGAAGAAACGAAGGAGAACAGCGCUGCCCCUGCAGAACAACCCACGAUGGCAGCGGUCAACGAGGUGAAACCUCAAGACAAGCCCAAUGUUGAACCAGUCCAAGUGAAAAUCACAGAGACAAACGCCGCAAUUUCUCCCAAAGCAAAGGCCGCUGUCUCUCCCAAAGCAAAGACCGUCACGACCAUCCCCAAGGACAAUGUUGACUAUGCAGACGCCAUUGUAGAGAACGAACGCGAGAUGACAGUCCAACAGAGUGCAACAUUCGAGGUGCAGCAGGGCAUGAGCUGUGCUGCUGUCAUGACCUGUGGUGUCCUGUCCACGAAGCCUCCAAGACAUAUCCCACUUUCGCUCUCUCACGACCCUAUAUUUGAUUUGAGAGAAGCUGCUGAGAAAGAGUUGGAGGCACGAGCUACCUUCUAUGAAGAAAGCUUAGUGUUAGCUGCAAUAUCAGCCACCUCAGAAGCCAAUGAACCUACGGAGGCCAAAGCCCACAAUGAAGUGGCAACUGAGUUGCCGACCGAGGACGGCGAUGGGGCUCCGGCAAAGGAAGCAGAUACCAGCAUUGAGACAAGCCCUGCUGACUCGAAGGCAGAACCACAACCAGUGGAGGGCUCGAAGUCCGCGGAAACGAAGGCAGACGCAGGGCCACUGGUAGAGGAGCAAGAGGAAAAGACGCCGCAAGGGGUAGCAACUCCCCCCAACAAAAGUGCUCAACCGACAAUCGAGCAACAUUCCAGUGAGCCCGAGCAACCUGCAUCUGUCUCACCCAAAGCCGUUCCACCCAAAGCUGUCUCACCCAAAGCCGUCUCACCUAAAGCCGUCGUCGCACAGGUUCCUGCGAGCCCUAAACAAGCUCCGGUUCCAGUCAAACCAAAGCAUCAGCACUCACCAAGGAAAUCUUCGGAGACAACUCACGAUUCAGCCAUUGCCCCACAGGAGCCCGCGCACGAGCCCAUGCCCACACCUAUGAAAGGUGUCAUAGUAGGAGAGGAAGAAGACAUGACGGCUGCCAGCAGAGCACAGCAAGAAGCUUAUGCAUGCGGAUGUACCAUUCUCUAG